AUGAAUUAAGCAAAUCAAGCAGCAACCACUGCUAAAGGUGGCAGUCUUAACAACUGGAUUGAGAUACAAAACAAAAUAGCAGAGACAUUUGAGCAGUUUUUAGGAGAGUUUUAGUUCCACAUAGAUUUCUACUUUAAGAGCUAUAACAAGAAUCUCAAGGAGAACAUAGAGAUGCAGAUCAAGGCUUCCAAAAAGGAGAAGUAGAAGUAUCUCUAGUUCCUUAACCAUGAAGAGAAAAUAUAUUGGAAGGAGUUUCCCAGAAGAAAGAACUUUUAUCAUGCUAAUUUAAGGAAGAUUUACAACUUGUUUCAAAGUGGGAAAUCAUCAAGUACAAUGCGGGAUGUAUCACUGAUUAUUUCUGGGAUCCUGAAUGUAAUGCCUGUAGCAAGCAAAAAGUACUGCAGAAAAUUUGGAAUAGAACCAAUCUUUCAUCAAGAUAUGGAUAACAAGCAGACAUUUGAUACUCUGACUGAAAGUCUAAAAAUGUUUGACUCAGAUGAUAUAAGCAACUGGAGAAUUCUAGGCUUUAAUAUUAGUCUCCUAGUUUCUGACGUGAUUUAAAUCUUCUUAGAAAUGGUCCUUCAAGACAAAGAUAUUAAGUUGUCACAAGGAGUUGUUGAUAUCUUACUUGAUAUUUGCAAGCAUUUCACUCAAAUUCAAACGUUCUAGUAGAUCCAAAUUACUUGGGCAAAGAUAUAUGGGAAUAUCUCAAGACUAUCAUUUGAUAAGUGCAUGAAAUUUAUGAUGCAUUCUUUGCAGUAAGAUUUUCGUAAGCUAAAAGAAGAUGAGGUUGAGCUACAUGCUUAGAGAAUACAUUUCUGCAGAUUUUUGCAAGUUUCACCUUAAGAUAAAUUACAGGCUUCGCAUGUUUAGAUCUUGUUCGAUAACAUACUAACAAUUAUGAAUUCGAAGUCAAUGACUCAGCAGAUGAAAAAUGUUCUAAUCAUCACGCUUAAGUAUCUUGUUGAAUAACUUAACUUCAGCGGAUAAGAUUUCAGCUUCGAUUCAACGAUGGGAAUAUUGUGGCCUGUUAUAGAGGGAGUUUACAAAAUAGCUUAAAAGUACUCAAAGAAAGAAUUUUAUAAAGAUUAUGCUUAUCAGCUACUGAUAGUUGUCAUUAAAGCUAGUCCUAAUGACUUUUACAAUCUCCAUUUAUAAAAGCUGCUAAAAAGGGAGAAAAUUUAGAGUUACUUUGAAACUAAAAAAGGAUACAUUUAGGGUGCAAAUUUGAUGAUUGAACUUAGCAUGGGAAAUCCACUAAUAAUUAACAAAUAUUAGAAUUGGAGUCCAAAAAUACACCAGAUAUAAUACCUUUUAGUGGAUCAUUUGCCCUCUAGCGUAUAUACUCCAUUGAAACUAUUCAGGAGAUAAAUCAACUAUAAAAUCGCUAGGAAAUUGUAACAAUCAGAUAGCCUUCCUUUUACUUUUAGAGAUUCAUUCAAGUACAUCUUUAAUAUAAAGCUUUUGACUGAAUUAUCUUAAGUUCAUACUUAGUAUUUAAAGCAAAUGGCUUUUGAAGAUCUUGAAUUCUUUGUAGCAUAGGCUUUGCCGUUUUUAUUUGGAUUUUUAAAAACUCAAGAAAGACUUGAUAUUCCUAUUCUAGGAUUAAAGAUUGUUGAUUUUAUCUUGAACCCCAUUAAUGAUUUCAAGACUGAGUUUAUCAAACUCCAGCCUGGUUAAAAUCAAUAUCUUUAAGAGAAUCUUAGAAAAUUGUAUUCUUAUACUCAAAUCAUUAUUAAAGAAAUACUAAGAAGCUAACUUUUGAAAUCAGAUUAUUUGAGUGACCUAGCGAAUUUUUACAAAUCAGAUGAUAAAGAGCUCUGCAAUGAUUAAAUUUCUGUGGUUUGGCCAAGAUUCAACUAAGGACUGUAUAUGAAUGGGAGAUCUCUGAGUUUUUUCCUAAAAUAAAAAGGCUUUGGUAAAUUUCAUCUCUAAGAAGCAAAGAGGGUCAUUAGUUUUUAAGAUUUCAGAGAGCUUCAGAAAAUAGAAUAGCAGUAAAGUGAUGAAGCUCAAGAUUCUGAGUAUCUUUAUGAUCCAUUUAACCAGAUAACAAAAAGUCUUGAAAAGGAAAUAAAAGAAUGGGACUAUAAAAAGGAGCACUUUACAAGAUAUCGCAUUAAUAGUUUUCUCUCUGAGGAAAGAAAAGAGAACCAAAGAUAAAAUACUUCGUAAUUUUAGCUUUAGUAGUAAAAAAUUGAUGAGAUGAAGAUUCUUAGUAAAAUAUUGAAGAUGAUUUAUUAUUUGCCAGAAGUUUAAGAUUAUCUGAAAUUUUACCCAACUCGAAGGCUUUUGAUCGAAGAAAAUGCACUUUUGAUUAAUAAGAUACCUGAAAUGAAUUUUGCCGAUUUCGAAGAAAGUUCAACUACUUAAGGAACCACUCUAGGAAAUGAUGAGAAUAAAGGUAAUAUUGGGAUAGGUGCCAAUAUGAAAAAGAAAAAGAGUGAUCCUAAAUUUAUUAACAAGCCUUUAAAUCCAAAAUUGAAAGAAGCUUAGAAUAUAUUGCCUUACUUUUUCCUUAAUUUAGGGUAAGACAUAGCUUUGAAGAGUGCUAAGUUAAUUUAAAAGCUAAUUGUGUUUGGAGAUUUUAAGACAAGAAUAGCUAUUAUUGAUUAGUUGAUAUAUUUUAUCAAGGAACUUAUGCUAGAUACUCCUGAAGAGUUUCUGAUAUCAUAGUAUCUCUAGCUUUUGAUAACAGUUGUUAAAAUCUGGCAUUAAACUGAGAGAAACAAACUAUAGAUUACAAAUUAAUAAAUCAUAAAAAAUGGAAGAGUAGAAAACAUCGCAGUUUUAAACUUAAAUUAUUACGAUAAUAGCUACUAAGAAAACUAAAAUUUAAAUGUAAACGAAAUCUAAAGCUAGAUAAGUUUACAUAGCUAUAUCUUUGACAUGAUUGAUACAAUAGGAUUAAUAGGCAUUUGUAAUAAAGAGAGAUAGGUCAGGUAACUAUCAACUAUUCUAAUUGUAGAAAGUGGGAAAAUGAAAAGAUUAUUUAUUAAGAAGGAUAACUAUAAGAAAAGUCUAUAUGAUCUGAUUGAGUACAAUAAGGACAACUUUAAGAAAUCUAUAACAGAAAAGGUUAUGAUAUUUAGUGGAGCUAAAUCAAGAGAAUUAAAAACAUAUGCUGAAAUACAACAAAUAAUAGAGGACUUAUGUAUCUAUCAACUAUUUAUUGAUAACUUUGACUACAAAAAAUCAGGAUUGAAUGAAGGUCUUGUCAGAGACAUACAGGUUAUGAUGAUGGGGGAAAUUUCUAAUUUAUGGAAAAAUAAUCUUAUCUAAAAUUGCUAGUAUUCAGAUUCAAUACUCAAUUUUAUCAAUAUUUUGAGUUCCAGAACUUUGCAUUUAUUUGAAAACAAAUCUGAUUAAACAGGCAUUAUCUAAAAAGAUUACGUUGGCAUUAAUCUGCUAAUGGCUAUUACUUUGUGUAAUGUUACUCAUUCAGCCACUCACCUUGCAAAGAAAAGUGAAUCAGAUUAAGAUGAUUCAUCUAAUCCUAGUUAGCAAGUGCUUUCAACCAACUCCAUAUUUGAGGAGAUGUCAAAUUUAAUUACGCUUUUGGAAUUAGAAUUUGGUGAUUUAUAUAAGACUGCUUUUGGAAAAUUUUACCCUCAGAAAUUCUAUAUAUCUCAGAUUUUAUUGUCCUUUAUUUACAAAUUACAAGAUCCUUGCGAGAUUUAGUCUUAUGAGGUGCUGAAGGAGAUAUUUUAAAUAGAGAAACCAGGAUCAUAGAGCAGUCAAUAUCAUUAAAAUUGCAAGCUAUUUUUCACUCUAAUUGUAAGCAAUGAAAACUUAUUUGUUCAGUACUGCUAAAAAGAUACAAGGAUAUUAGUUGAUGCAGUAAAUAGAUUAGAUUUUAUUGAUUAUCGCAAGAUCAAUGCUUAAAAAGAUGAAAUCGCGAGAAAGCAAAUGCUGAUUAUUUUUACCAAUUAUUUCCAUUCAGUGAUUUAAGGUGUCAAAGGAGUUUAUGAAAAAAAUUAGUAUAAUCAAAUCUCAAGGCUCUUAUCAGCAUAAUACUAGUAUGAGGUUAUAAUGUUUCUGCAACAAGAGCUUCAAAAUAUUUUAACUAACAAAAUCCAAGAAUUGGAUUGGCUUAAAACAAAAAUUUAAGAUAUCUGGCAAGCUAUACUAUCCUUUGAGAAUGUUUUCGAUAGUAUUCCAAAUGUAAAAAUAGAUUUAAGAUUUUUAAUUGAUCUUGAAAGUUCAGGUUACAAAGUACUCAAAUAUUAUAAGUACUUGUAUAACAACAAUAAUCCGCAACUAAAUAAAACUUAGGAUUCUAAUAAGCAGGAAGAAGUCUAGUAAGAAUUUACAGUCAAUGAGCUCAAGCAUCUUUUUACUUAAAUUUAUCAAUACUAUUCCACAUAGGGAAAUUUCUAAGAGUUAUUGCUGAAAAAGAAUACAUAUUAUAGUUGCUUUAUUAAUAACAUAGUAGGUGCAGAUUAACUGUUAAACUAUUUAAGAUAGAAGAAUUUCAAUCUAGUUUAUGGUUAAUUGACAUCUAGUUGUCUUAGAUCAACAAAAGCAUUGAUAGAGACAAAGAUUAAGAAAUUUUUAUCGUUUGGUCUACAUUCAAAGUACUUCCUAGUAGGACUAUUCAUGAGUUUAAAUUCUAUGGAUAAAAAAGUAAUAGAAAGAUCAAAAGUAUUGUGUCUCUCAGUUUUACCAUUAAUGUUUGAAGAUGAAAAAUUCAGGGAAUUAGUAGAAAGCUAAAUUGCUGAGCACGAGGAUCUAAGAUAGCUAAUAAGCUUUGAUAAUAAGAACUUUUUCAGAUUUAUUAAGCAAAUAUUUAAGGAUGAAGAAACUUAUAAUAUGAGAAACCAUUUUGAAAAGUAUUUCUCAGUAACUGGCCUAGUUAGAAAUACUCUUAAUGAAAUCAUAAAAUUAUAAAACCUUAAUUUUUCUCAGCAUAUGCUGUUGAAAGUGCUAGAUAUAAUAACAUAUUUCAUCGGAAAUCUGCAGUUAAGAAGGGCUCCACAGGUAGAGCAAAGUUCAUUUAUUUUUGAUAAUUUAAUCGACUAUAAAUCCUUUGAGAUACUGUCAAAGCUAUAUAAGAUAUCAGAAAAAUUGGUGGACUUUGAUGAUGAAACUAUUAUAAUGAACAUGUGGUACAAAUUAGUGGAAGGAAAAAUAUAGAAUUUUGAAAUUCUAGCUAAAUUCCUGGUUCAUAAUUUAAGUUCAUACCUAAUGAAGCUAAGAAAGUAAAAUGAUAAAGGCAGCCAAAAUGAAGUUAAAUAGAAAGGUAAAAAAUAAUCAGAGUAUUCAAUUGAAUUUGAAAAGCAGAAAAGAUAUGCCAUAAGCAUAUUUAACUACAUAAAAGCUAGGACUGCACAAAUGGAUCUUAGAAAUAGCAUCAAUGUAAAUGCUAACUCAAUAACAUGGUCUCAAAAAAUGAUUAGAUUACUUUCAAGAGUCUCACUUAACAUCCAAAGUAAAUAUGUGCUUGAGAAAAUUAAGCUUAAGAAAAUUCUUCAAAUAAUUCAUUAAGAGAUAAAUGAGAGUAAUGUCAAGCUUUAAUUAAAAGGUGGACUUGAUAAGAAUUUUGAAGUUGUUAAAAUUGGGGGAAACACACGUCUAUCAGUGAACAUGUCCUAACUACUCUAGUCUUAGACAUUUUUAGAGACAUUCGCCGCAAGAAACAGAAAAUAACAAUGCAUUAUGAAAAAUCUAAUGUUUAGGAUUAGAAAAAUCAUGAUUGAAAAGUAUGAGGAAGUUUCUAGUUAAGCCUCACUUUAGGCCUUGCCAGUCUUAAUUAUAAAAUAUCUCGAGAAUACACUUGUAUUUAUUACCAAUGAUGUAGAAAGACCUACAUAAAAUAUUAACUUCUCUUUAAAGGAGUAGCUAUCUGUUGUUAUAAUAAUGAUAAUCUUGACAAUUGACCUGAUAAUAACUGAUGUGAACGAAAAUAGAUUCUAUUUCUUACUAGAGACAUUCAAUAAGCUUUCUAUAAAUAUUGGAUCAGUCUAAAGAUACUUUAAUUUCAAGUAGUUUACACCUCAAAAUAUAUACUCAACUAGCAUGAAAACUAUGGAUAAACUUUGGCUUAUCAUAAAUCUUAAAGACUGCUUUGAGUAUUUCAAUGUUUUUACAAAGCUGUUUUUCAAGUAGCUACAGAAUCUCUAUUCAUAUCCUGAGAUCCAGUAUCAUUUGCUGAGAAUGUGGUAAACUUCACUCUCUAAAAACAGAGAGAUAAUUAUGAGCAAACUCAAUUCAAAUGUUUAGAAUAGCAUCACUGAUAUAUCACUUGGAAAAAGUACAACAAGUAUGAUGUAUUCGAGACAGCUGGUUCUUACAAUCCUUCAAAGUGCAUUCUUUACCUUUUAUCAAAUAUCCUAAUCUAGAAAUCAAAUCGACGAUAACAAGAAAAAGUAUAUUGCUUACAAUAUGAUACAACAUGUAAACAGUCUUUUGGAAUAUAUACUUCCCUCUAAUUAGCAAAAAGCUAUAUAACUAAAAGGAAUAAGUGAUCCUGAAUCAACACAUGUAGCUUUUGCAAACAAUGCCAUAUUUUGGCUCUCUUACUCUUGUCUUGAAUGCUCUAUUAUUACAAAGGAUAGCAAUCCCCAAAUAUCAAAUAAUCUACAAGAAAUAGGAAUGAAGGCUAUGAGAAGAAUAUUCGAAGAAUCCGAUUUCUUAAAAAUGCUUAUCGGAGUUUCAAAGUUAUCACCUCACUUCUAUGCUUAUAACUUAUCAAUCCAAAGAAACCAAUCUUCUCUGCUUAGCUUGAUAUUUGACACAUUUGAAAAUCCUGAGUGUGUUGAAGAUGCAAUGAAAAGUUUGAUAGUGACUAUUAGAGUCUAAGAUUAUAAGUUACUAAACAACUAGGAAAACAAAGAUUUAUGCGAAGUUGAGCUGCAAAGAUUUCUGCUACUGAUACCAUUCCUUCACUAGUAGUUCACUUAUAUCCUUCGAGGGCAGCCAAAUGAAAAAUCUUAGUAGAUAUUUUCUAGCUAUAGAACUAUAGUCUAGCUUUUGAAGAAAUCCUUACCAUCAAUAGGAAUUGAUAAGAAAAAAGACAUUUUUGAUAGACUAGAUACUCUAUAAAAAGAAGCUGAAAAGAAUGAAGAGAAACUUAUCAAGAAGGAAUUUGAAGGGCUGAUAUAGGCGACUGUUUCCCUAUGUCACCUCCUAUCGUUCAACUAAAUCAUAUUUGAUUGUGAAAGAUUCUUAAUAGAAAUGAAGCAAGGCAAAAAUAUUAAAAAGAUCAUAGACUUGAGCAAAAUUGAUCUUGUCAUCAAAAUUAUCAAUGAAUUCCUUGCUGAUAAUGAACUAGAGUUACCUGAAGAAUAAUAUCUACUAAAAGAGGUUAUGAAGAAGAAUUAUGAUGAGAAAGUGUUCACAGGUGAAAUACUUGGUGAAGAGGUGUCAUAAAUAGUCAAUGAGAUGAGACCUUUGUAUUUUGGACUGAAAAAUAUCGUUUUAAAAGAAAUAGAAAAUAUCGAUAAAGAGAUCGAUAUCAAGAAAUUCUUUUUCGAUGGCGCAUCUCAGUAAGCCAGUGCAUCGCAAUCUCUAGGAAUUACUCCAAUUCAAGAGCAAGUUCAGGAAUCUUAAUCGGAUUUCACAGGUCUUGCUAGUGACAGUAAUUUUAGCGGGGCAUUGAAAAAAAUAUCUACUAAAAAAUAGGAGACUACUUCUAAAUACUAAAAUAGUUAGCCAGCCUCAUCCAUGAAAGGAGGGUAUACACCAACCCAAAGAAGAAUUGCUGAAAUUACAGAGGAGUAAGAUGAUUUAUUGAAAAGGAUACCAACUACAUCUUUGAGUGGUCUCUCGCCUAACUAGAGACUUAAAUAAAUGAACAAGCAGUACUAGAGUAAAUAUCAAUAGAUUAGAUAGCCUGAGGAUCAUUUUAGCAAAAGCCCCAUGAAUAAAAAAUCGAUUCAAGAUCACAUUUUCUAAGAUGAUGACAUAAUUGUACAUAAUGUUGUUAAAAAUCAAGAGUCCAACCUACAGGUACCAUAAAAUGAACCAAUGAUGGUUAUAUUUAAUGAGAGAGACGAUGAAAGUGAAUUCAAUGUAUAAUAUGAAAACGAGGAAGAUGACACUGAAUAAUCAUAGUAUCAAAACUAAGUCAAAGAGAUUAUUUAGCGAGGCUAAAACCUACAAGCAAGAACAUUUGAUUAAGAGCCAGCAAUUAAUACAUCAAGCAGUGACGAUCCAAGAGAAAAAUUAAAGAAAGUUAUUGAGUCUACCAAAAGAAGCAACCAGACGAUUUCGAAUACAGUUAGUCCACUUAAGAUGUAGAACUAUGAGUAAUACUAAAAAUACCAACAGCAUUAAGGGAAGGUUAACAGCUUUAACAUUCAGGCAUAGAAGUUUAAUUAAAAUCCUAUAGAAUUAAGAUAGAAAACAAUUUAGCAAUAAGAAGUUUACUAAACAAUCUUAGAUACUGAUAUGGGAGGUAUUGCAACAUUUGCCAAGCCAAAUCCUUAUAAAGAAAAAGUUGAAGCCAAUGACUUUUAUAAAAAUCCAGUCCAGCAAAGCUAAGUUUCAAAUCAAUCCUAUCAAAUAUAAGCUCAGGUAAUAGAGAGGUAAAAUAAGCAAAUAUAGAAGUUAGAGCAGCAGGUUGAAGCUAAAAAGUAAGUGACAUAAUCUCGAUAGACUGAUAUAGCAACUAAUCCUAACUUCGUGGCGGAUAGAAUCUCCUAAAUAUUCACUGAGAUGUCUUAAUCAAGUUUGAAUGAUCCUUUGAGAAGAAAAUAUAAUGAGACUACCACUAAUGCAUAGUAGCAACAGGAUUUCGCUCAAAAUAGGAAUUAUCUACAAUCUCAAAAGAAAUAAUAGACAUCUAAAUAUCCCUGGCUACAUGAUAAUGUGAUAGAGGAAUAAUAAAGACAAAAGAAUAUGUUCUAGUCCUAGAAUGUUCAAAACCAAAGGCAAGCGAUGAGUAAGGAGAGUCAGUAGUAGUUCAUCAGAAAUAGGGCUAAUAACUUCCUAGAGAGUAUAAAGAAUGAAGAAUUACCAACACCAAACAAGAAAGAAGGGCUUGAUUCAAGAUUAAUAAGACUUCUGAAUGAUAGAGAGUAAUUCCUGAAAUUUGAACAAUUCCUAAAUGAAGUUAAAAGCUUUGAUGUGGAUUACCUACACUACUAUAUCAAAAUUAUGGAAUAUAAAAAGGAGUUUAACCAAGCUAAGGUAAUAUAUUUAGUAUAUUAAAUUUGUCUCUAUAGGCUAAAUUAGCAGCAGGAAUCAUAAUAGAUAAGUAUCUAACAGAAGAUGCAGAAAGCUAUAUAAAUAUGGAGAACUAUAUAGUUAAUGAGAUAAUAGCUGAAUAUGAGAAAGUAUGCAUGA